UAUAUAAAGACUGUUUUCUCAGGGAUCUCGUGACCUGUCACAACCCACAACAAGGCAGAGAAGCAAGAAAAUGGCGUUGUUCACUUAUCGGGCGCACUACACUUUGGCGUAUAGCAGAACAGGCUCACAGGUGCUAGAAACCGGUGGCCCAUGCGCUAUGACUAUAUGGUGCUCCUGUAGGACUUUGCAGGCCUCUUUGUUGAACCAACCGAAUAUCGAUGAGUUGAUUGAGGAUGAGACAACAAGGAGUGGGUGAAAACAAGUCGCACUGGAAGAGAUGUCUUGGUAUCCACGUGACCCCACAGGCCAACAGCUGCUUCGCGACUUCCCCUACGCGACUAUGCCACCAUUUCAUCACCGAUACACUGGUAGCCAAAGUUGACCUUCCGUCCACCAAGUCUACACUGACUUGUGGCAAUUGUGCUGGCCUCGGGUCUUACGACUUUCAUAGAGUAAAGUUGUCAGAGAUGGUGAUGAUAAGCUUGUCUGGAAAUUACGCCAUGGGUUGUCACUCUUGGGUGUUUUUACUAUAUCAACAUUUGCACUACUUUGUUCCCGACUAAAGCGUCUUGAGUACCCCUACAUGUUCUCGUUACCUUCGCCAUGGAUGGAACGUAGCUUUACU